AUGGCUGAGGCCGCAGAGCUCAAGGAGGUCGCUCAGGGUCCCCAGGGGCAACCUGAAGGUGCGAGGAUUGAGGGACUAGGAGAACCUGGGGCGGGGGCCCCGGAGGGGCAGGCAGCGAGCAAGGGAGCCGCAGAGACGCCGGCGGACCAGGGGGCGGGCGCAGAGGCGACGGCCUCGGGGAAGGAAGAAGGAGGCAGCGGGCAGGACGGAGGGAUCGGGGGAGCGCGGACAGAGACUCCGAGUGCCAGCGGAGCGCAGGGUGAAGCCGAGGCUGCAGAGCGCGACCCAGAGGGCGCUGGGCUCCUGCCGGGAGCGGAGGAGGAGCCGGGCGCCAAGCCGGUGCGAGAGCCGAGCCGCGGGCUAGACCAGCAGGGCGAGGUGCCCGAGGUCCCAGAGGACGACCGCCAGCAGCCGGAGGACCCCACAACCUCAGAGGCGUGGAAGGAGGUAGAGUCCAGUCUGGAAGCGCAGGGGGGCAGUGCCCCAGGGUCGCAGAUCACUACGGAAGCCCAGGGCCCUGCAGGGGAGAGCAUGGACACAGAUGCACCUGCAGGAGAGGCCCACGGGUCAGAGGGCGAGCCCCGGGGUGGAGGGGAAAGCAGCCCUCAGCCUCAGGCUGAGGCGACUGAGGUCGCAGCCUCGGAGAUCGGGGGUCACGACCCCGGGGAGCUGGCGGGAGCUCCAGCCGAAGAUGCCUCGGGGGAAGCGGGAGCCCCGGGGAAAGACGGGUCGGAAGAAGCUGCUCCGGAGGAGGCGAGGGUAGACGCUGGCGAGAAUGGGAAGCAGGGCGGGCUCCAGGAGGAGACCGGGGAGGAAGAAGCGAGGCCAGAACCCCGGUUGGAGGGACGCUGUGAGGAGGGCAUCCAGGAGAAGCCUUCUGACGGCAGCCCUGAUGAAGAGGAGGCCAAAGCCACCGGGCAGGAGGAGUCCCAGGUGGAGCUCAGCAACCACCUCGCUGAGGAGCCCAGCGCCCAGGGCGGAGAAGAGUUGGAGCGAGUGAAUGACGGCAGGGAGAACGGCCCAGCAUCCGAGGUGGAGGACCCGGGACAGGAGCAUGACAUCACCCUGUUUGUCAAGGCUGGUUACGAUGGUGAGAGCAUUGGAAACUGCCCAUUUUCUCAGCGUCUCUUUAUGAUCCUCUGGCUAAAGGGUGUUAUCUUCAAUGUGACAACAGUGGACCUGAAAAGGAAGCCUGCGGACCUUCAGAAUCUGGCUCCGGGGACGAACCCUCCUUUUAUGACUUUUGACGGCGAAGUCAAGACGGACGUGAACAAGAUUGAGGAGUUCUUAGAGGAGAAGUUAGUUCCCCCACGGUACCCUAAGCUGGGAACACAACACCCGGAAUCCAAUUCAGCAGGAAAUGAUGUUUUUGCCAAAUUCUCUGCAUUUAUUAAAAACACCAGGAAGGAUGCAAACGAGAUUUAUGAAAAGAACCUGCUCCGGGCCCUGAAGAAGCUAGACAGUUACUUAAACAGCCCUCUGCCGGAUGAAAUAGAUGCCUACAGCACAGAGGACGUUGCUGUUUCCCGGAGGAAGUUCCUGGAUGGGGAUGAGCUCACACUGGCCGACUGUAACCUCUUACCCAAGCUCCACAUCAUUAAGAUUGUGGCCAAGAAGUACAGAGGUUUUGAGUUUCCUUCUGAAAUGACUGGCAUUUGGAGGUACUUGAACAAUGCCUAUGCCCGGGAUGAGUUCACUAACACAUGUCCAGCUGACCGGGAGAUUGAACACGCAUACUCAGAUGCGGCAAAAAGGAUGAAGUGAUGCUGGCUUGCUUCCUGUCUUUUUCUCAGACGAGUGAGCAAGGCUUCCAGGAGAGCCUUCUGUGCAUUUCCCCAGAAGCAGCGUUUGCACAGUAUCUCUGACUCUCUCAAUGCCACCACAGGGUGUGUGGCCUUCAAUUUGUCCACUCAUUCCUACAUCUCACCUAUGCUAAUCUAUGUCUUGGAGAUUCACUACUCUUGUAAUCCAUGUUUAGGGCAGCAGUGUUUCGUGCUUUGUUUCAAAGUGCACUGGCUUUGACUUCCAUCCCCUCUAUUUUAAAGAAGUUAGAAUUUCUUUGAUAGUUUUGAUAAUCACAUAUAAAGCAUGCUUUUCUCUUCUUAAAUAUUAGUGUAAAAUGAAACACUGUUUUAUACUUUAGAGCACUAUUAGAUGGCAUGAAGAAGAAAGUAAAAAUCACCUAAAACUUACUCUUUGUAACUUUUGAUAACAAAUUGGUGAAUCUUUCUAGAAUCUUCAACCUUUCAUGUAUGCCUGUUCACACAUCACGCAUAAUUUCCUUCAUACAUGGUGUGGCAUUUGUAAGAGGCUGAUGAGGGGAGCUCUUGGUGCCUCUGUGGUCAUCACAGAAAACUUAAGACAAAGGAUUUGUCCCCAUGAGUCACAUAGGGACUGUAGGUCCCCCUGCAGUGCCAAGGGACAGCAGGGACUAGGGUGAUGGGACCAGGGUGUCCUCUUCUGCCUCGAGGAUGCUGUCGCCUCUGAGUCCAGGAAAGAUGUGGAGAGCAUGCCCCUGUGCCUUUGGUUGUAGCUUCCUUCCUGAUACCUUCUCUUCUCUCUCCUCUAGAGGGACCGUGCCUUCACGGGGACUCUUUCUGUCAGCAGCAGCCUUAUGUCAUGUGAGCCUUUGAUUUCUGCUCAUGGCAGUUCUUCAAUGAGGAGGAUGUGGCUGAGGCUAGCUCAUUCGUGUCUACUUUCUUUCUCAUUCUGAGGCCAAGCAGGGCAACUAAAUUCCAGAAUAAAACUCAGAAAGUCCUACUCUUAACCACUCCUACUCUUUAAUGAGGAGUUCAGGAGUGUCUGGUCUACUGUGGCAUUCCCUCCAUCAUCCCUGGGGCCACCCAGCAUCAUAGCUGGGCCCAAUGGGUAGCUGCUGGGGUCCAGCCGGGUCAUAGACGAGGAAAUAUGAGGUUGCUUAGAUGCUCCACCAGGCAUCUCAGAUAGUGUCUCCACAGUCACACAUCUCCCAAGAAACGUCUCUUGUAGACUUGGCUGAGGAGCACGGCGGGUGCUGGAACCCUCAUGCGUAGUCAGCUCAGUGGGCAAUUUGUUUAGAUGAGAGUAAGAUUCACUCAAGCAGUAAGAUCCUAAGAUUGGGUGAAGAAUGUCUGGUAAGGACACAAAGUCCAACACGGAGGCCGCUUCAUCUCCUUGUUUCUUAGAAGCUCUGGCUUCAGCCCCGGUAGUCAGUUUCUUUUUCACUUGAAGGAAGAAGGUUUUCAGGGUCAUGAACAGCCCCUGUCACCAUGGUCCACAUUAUUUCACAUCUCUUUAGGAGUCAGCUUUGUAAACCCACUUUUACAAUGUGACAUUCACACUUGGUAAAUGAGUAGAUGACAGGGUGUUAGUCCUGUUAAUUUUGUUCUUUUAGAUAGUAAGAUGAUCACCAACUGUGUGCCUUACAAAUUAAACAUUUUAA